GUUGGAUUCCUUUUCUAAUCCCACCUCCUACACUCUACGCCGUUAAAUGCGUAAACAAUACGCACCUCUCUCCUGGUCUCCUAGUCAGCUUUUUUACUGCUUUUUCCACAAUACCAAACAAAACACCACAGUGCUUAUCGAUACCCCAAUUGCCAAACAACAAACAAUUACUCUGUCUCGUGAUUCAAAAACCUCUCAUAAAUCCUCUUUCUAUGUAUUUCUCUGUUUCCCCUUCUUCUCCAUUACCUGUCCUUUCCUUUCUCGGUUAUCACCAUCGCUCUCUUACCGUAAUAAAAAAAUAAUAAAUUCCAAAACAAAGUAAAAAUAUCUCAAAAACAAACAGAAAAAAAAAAAAAAUUGAAAAAUGCAUGCCAAGACAGAUUCUGAAGGAACCAGCCUUGAUACCUCAUGGCCGCCACGGUCACCUCGCCGGCCGGUCUACUACGUGCAAAGUCCGUCGAACCACGACGUGGAGAAGAUGUCAUAUGGGUCAAGCCCUAAUGGGUCACCGGCUCACCAUUACUAUCAUUGUUCACCUAUUCAUCACUCUCGAGAGUCUUCUACUUCUCGGUUCUCUGCUUCUCUGAAAAACCCUAGAAGUCUUUCUGCUUGGAAGCAUGUACAGAUUGAUCAACGUAAUGAUGAUGAUGAUGACGAUGACGAAAUUGACGGUGAUGAUUAUGGCUCUGGUCGUAAUGUGAGAUUGUUUGCUUGUGGAUUUUUGUUCUUUGUCUUGCUCUUUUCCAUGUUCUGCUUGAUUCUGUGGGGAGCCAGUAAGGCCUACAAGCCUCAAAUACUUGUUAAGAACAUGGUGUUCGAGAACAUUAAUGUACAAGCCGGGAAUGACCAGACAGGAGUGCCAACAGAUAUGCUGUCGUUGAAUUCAACGGUGAGGAUUCACUACAGAAAUCCCGCCACAUUUUUCGCCGUCCACGUCACCUCAACCCCGCUGGAGCUUCACUACUACCAGCUCAAAGUCGCCUCAGGACAGAUGAAGAAGUUUACUCAAUCGAGGAAGAGCGAGAGGAAAGUGAUAACAAUAGUGCAUGCUUCCCAAAUUCCCCUAUAUGGUGGAGUACCUGUUUUUGGUAAUGCGGAAGAGCACAUUGAAAGAGUAGCUGUGCCUCUUAACCUAACAUUUGUCGUAAGAUCAAGGGCUUACAUUUUGGGAAGAUUGGUUAAAUCCAAGUUCUAUAAUCGUAUCAGAUGUCCACUUACUCUACGUGGAAACAAACUUGGCAAACCCCUUAAUUUGACAGCUUCAUGUGUUUACAAUUGAAUUAUCUACAUCUUCUGGUUAGCACCUCGUUUUUGCUGUUAUAAUUUUUGCCCAUUUCAUCUAACUCCUGCCAUAUGCUAAGGUUCACCUUAUAACAUUUAUGUAGAUGGAUGCAUAGUAUUAUCUAUUACUGCUUAUUUGCAAUGUAAAUUCUUUGCCUUCUUAGCUAGUUUUGCGUAGGGAAUGGCAGCAGAUUGGAUAUCUUUUGGGUAUCCGAUCCAGCAUUACUGGUCUGAGACAAGUUUGAUAGUAUUUUUAUUACUCUUGAUGGGUUCGAAUUGGGUUUACAAAUGAAUUAUGAUAUCCAUUGAUGUAGCAGAUUCAUUACUGCUCAUUUGCAAUGCAUUUAAACUAUUAUUACUGUUAA